AGAUACUUUUCUUGAAGAAUUAACAAGACUGAAUUGUUCCUGGUAUAGCAGGCACAGCUUCAAUGGGCAUGAAACAUGUCGGAUGUGGUGAAGGCACGAGGAAAAGUAGACGCACCUGCUGAAAGUUUCCCGGAUGAAGAGGAGCAGCAAGAUCUCUAUGGUGGUAGUGAAAAUAAAUAUGAAGAACAUGAGUCUUACCCAUCCAAUGAAAGCAAAAAGUUGGGAAAUGGAAAAAUUUUCAACGCUAGCAUAAAAACGUUGAAAACCGGCGAAAAGGUUGGUUCUGAAUUGUCUAUGAUGGUAAGCGAAAACUUGCAUGGAAAUGAAAAUAGUGAAACGAAUGACAACGAAGUCAAGAAAACUGACCGUGUACGCCAAGAGAAAGAUACUAUGAAAAUGAAAUUCGCCGCCGAAAGAAGCAAUCAGGCUAAAGAGGAAACCGGUAAGCAUGAAAAUAACCAUUUGUCGCCUUCAAUGAAGUAUCGCCAGUAUUUGCCAGAAAGCGGGGAGGACGUGUAUAGAUACGAAGGGGAUUUAACUGUCUGUCCAAUCUGUAAGCACCAGUUGUUUAUGCCAAAACAUCUGCCUUGCUUGCAUACAUUUUGCGAAAGUUGCAUUGGAGAUUAUUUCCAGAAACUUAAGGGAAAAUUCAACUCCUUUCGAAUCCGGUGUCCCGUGUGCAAAGAAUAUCAACCUGGCAAAAGAGCUACCGUUUCUGCCAAUACUGUCGCCCACUUACUGCCAACCAAUCACUUUCUUCUAAAUAAAAUCGCCAGGAAAAAUAUGAAAACUUGCAUUCCUUGCUCGCGAGCAGGAAAAAUAUCGCCAUCCGAAUCUUGGUGCCUUUACUGCCGAGAGUCUCUGUGUAGUGAGCACGUGUCAUACCACAACAAUCUGACUUCUCCCGACAUUCACCGCGUCCUAAAAAUUAAGGAAGUAGCUAAUGACGUCGAUAUCGCGUACAUGCCGGCGUUCUGCGAGGUCCAUGCUUUCAAGAAACUGAAGUUCUACUGCGAUGACCACGGUGUGGCGGCUUGCGAUAUCUGCCGGAAGUUGUAUCAUCGCGAGUGUCCCGGAUUAGUUACGUCUGAAUCCGAAGCAGACGAUAUCCGACACGGCGACUUCGUGCAAGAGAUGGCGGAGAAAUUGCAGAAUUUGGAAAAGACGGCGGUGGAUAUGCUCGACAAACUAAGCGAAAACCUCUCCGAUCUGUCGAAGUAUCGCAAGGAUGACGAACGCUCAAUUUCAGAUAUGAGGCAAAAUUUAACCAACCACCUGAACUCGCUAGAAAACAAACUAUUCAAUGAACUAUCUUUGAAACAAAAGGAAAAGGAGUUUGAAAUUCAAACAGAAAUCGGAAUAUUUGAGAAGAAACGAGAAACGCUUUUGUUUUACAAACGUCUUCUAGAGCUCUUGCUGAGCGAGGGACUAAGUGUGCAGUUAUUCGUUGAACUACCCAGCAUAAGCCUGCAAUCUAACAUUCUGGCGGAGAAAAUGCAUCACAGGGCUGCAAUCAUGCAGAACAGCUCAAUUCACGUGGGAUUCAAUGACGUUAUUGUAAAGUUAGAUUCAAUGGGGAGUAUAGUAGAAAUGCAUUCUAGAAUUAAGCCGGAGAUCCCUUUCGCUCGGAGUUCUGGUAGUUGGAGGAAACUCGAACUCCAGUCUCCCCAAACAACAUUCAGAUCGGAAGUCUUGCAUCGGAAACUAAAGCAUGGAUUUCUCGUCAUACGCUUUCAGAGCAGUACCAUCACUGGUGCCACGACGAUAGAAGGCCGCCUCGUUCUGGCGGAUUACAUCGGCCGUGAGAUCCGCGCCUACUAUGACAAUGGAAACCAUGACGACUCCCUGAAUAUACAGGACUUACAGGGAAAUCCCUGGGACUUGGUGGAAGUUCCCACGGAAAGUGUCGGUUACACGCUCAUAAUUUCAUUUCCGAAGCAACGAAAAUUACUUCUACUCCAAUUGGACGAUGCCGUUGUCGUUCAAAAGUUUCACUUUACCAAACAAGAAUGCUACGGAGUCACUAAUAUUGGAAAAUACGUUCUUGUUGCCUGCUUGAAACAUCUGGAACUUUGGAAAGUGGAUGACGACCUAACGAUGAAGAGGAAAUCAGUUCUACCAGUGAAAGGCCUUAGAGUCGAAAACAUACACCCAACUGAACCAAAUCGUAUUCUGUACACCGACUCAACAGAUGACGGCUCGUUUUAUUGCAUCACAAAGGAAGGGGCAGUUGUGUUCCAGUAUGAUCACCCAGAGUUGUCUUUCCCUCGCGGCAUUGCCACCGACAGGGAAGGUAAUAUCUAUGUUGCGGGGUACAAGUCUAACAACAUCCAUGAACUGUCCCCCGAGGGUGAGCUACAGAGGCUGAUAGUGCCUCAGAUACACCUGUUCCACCGCCCACGGGUGCUUAUUGAGAACGGUGGAUCCAUUUAUGUUAUAUAUGGCAAACACAAAGUUUUGGAAUUGUCAUAGAUAACAGUUUAUCAGAAUGAUCAAAUUUUUAUUCAUAACUUCAUAACAUGAUUUUUCAAAUUAAUUAUUUUGUACAGAAUCAAUAUUCUGUUUUGAAUUAAAUUCUUCAAUGCAAAUAAAUAAAUGUGUACUCGAUCUCCAAUUAUUUCUUAAUAACAACAACAAAUUCUUGCACCAAGAUCAAUACAAAUACAGACAACAUUUAGCCCAAUUUUGAAAACAAUGAAAAAUUUAAAUUGCACACACAAAGAGAUGUUGAGUUAUAAACUUGUGAACAUUAAUUCUUUAAUUUUUGAUUCCUUAUUGCUUUUCUCUUCUGUCACAAUUUUCUUUCUUUUGUCUCUCUCUCUAUCACCAUUUUCCUCCUUUGCCCCCCUUCUUUUUCCGUUUCUGGGCCUGGGCGG